CUCCAAAGCCCACUGCCAGUUCUCUUCGUGGACUAACUGCAACGGAGAGACCAGAGAUGAUUCCUCUCUUAUCCAUAUUUUCUCUAUUCUUGCUUGUUGUGGUUAACCCUGCAAAUGCCAAUGGUCAUUAUGACAAGAUCUUGGCUCACAGCCGUAUCAGGGGCCGGGAUCAGGGCCCAAAUGUCUGUGCCCUUCAACAGAUUUUGGGCACCAAAAGGAAAUACUUUAGCACUUGUAGGAACUGGUAUCAAGGUGCCAUCUGUGGAAAGAAAACGACUGUGUUAUAUGAAUGCUGCCCUGGUUAUAUGAGGAUGGAAGGAAUGAAAGGCUGCCCAGCAGUUAUGCCUAUUGACCAUGUUUAUGGUACCCUGGGCAUUGUGGGAGCCACCACCACGCAGCGUUAUUCUGAUGUCUCAAAACUGAGGGAAGAGAUCGAAGGAAAGGGGUCAUUCACUUACUUCGCACCAAGUAACGAGGCUUGGGACAACCUGGAUUCUGAUAUCCGUAGAGGUUUGGAGAGCAACGUAAAUGUUGAAUUAUUGAAUGCUCUACAUAGCCACAUGAUUAAUAAGAGAAUGUUGACCAAGGACUUGAAAAACGGCAUGAUUGUUCAUCCGAUGUAUAACAAUUUGGGGCUCUCCAUUAACCAUUAUCCUAAUGGGGUUGUCACUGUUAACUGUGCUCGAAUCAUCCAUGGGAACCAGAUUGCAACAAAUGGUGUUGUGCACGUCAUUGACCGUGUCCUUACACAAAUUGGUACCUCAAUUCAGGACUUUAUUGAAGCAGAAGAUGACCUCUCAUCUUUUAGAGCAGCUGCCAUCACAUCUGAUAUAUUGGAGUCCCUUGGAAGAGAUGGUCACUUCACACUCUUUGCUCCCACCAAUGAAGCUUUUGAGAAACUUCCACGAGGGGUUCUAGAAAGGAUCAUGGGAGACAAAGUGGCUUCAGAAGCUCUCUUGAAGUACCACAUUUUAAACACCCUCCAGUGUUCCGAGGCUAUCAUGGGAGGAGCAGUAUUUGAGACUCUGGAAGGAAACACAAUUGAGAUAGGAUGUGAUGGUGACAGCAUAACAGUAAAUGGAAUCAAAAUGGUGAACAAAAAAGAUAUUGUGACAAAUAAUGGUGUUAUCCAUUUGAUUGAUCAGGUCCUGAUUCCUGAUUCUGCCAAACAAGUUAUUGAGCUCGCUGGAAAUCAGCAAACCACUUUCACAGACCUUGUGGCCCAAUUAGGCUUGGCAUCUGCUCUGAGGCCAGAUGGAGAAUACACUCUGCUGGCACCCGUGAAUAAUGCAUUUUCUGAUGAUACUCUGAGCAUGGAUCAGCGUCUUCUUAAAUUAAUUCUGCAGAAUCACAUAUUGAAAGUAAAAGUUGGCCUUAAUGAGCUUUACAAUGGACAAAAGCUCGAGACCAUUGGCGGCAAACAGCUCAGAGUCUUCGUGUAUCGCACAGCUGUCUGCAUUGAAAAUUCAUGCAUGGUGAGAGGAAGCAAGCAAGGAAGAAAUGGUGCCAUUCACAUAUUCCAAGAGAUCAUCAAACCAGCAGAGAAAUCCCUCCAUGAAAAACUGAAACAAGAUAAGCGCUUCAGCAUCUUCCUCAGCCUACUUGAAGCUGCAGACUUGAAAGAGCUCCUGACACAGCCUGGAGAUUGGACCUUGUUUGUGCCAACCAACGAUGCCUUUAAGGGAAUGACUAACGACGAAAAGGAAAUUCUUAUUCGGAACAAAAAUGCUCUUCAAAACAUCAUCCUUUAUCACCUGACACCAGGAGUUUUCAUUGGAAAGGGAUUUGAACCUGGUGUUACUAACAUUUUAAAGACCACACAAGGAAGCAAAAUCUUUCUGAAAGGAGUUAAUGAUACACUUCUGGUAAAUGAAUUGAAAUCAAAAGAAUCUGACAUCAUGACAACAAAUGGUGUCAUUCAUGUUGUAGAUAAACUCCUCUAUCCAGCAGACACACCUGUUGGAAAUGAUCAGCUGCUGGAAAUACUUAAUAAACUGAUCAAAUACAUCCAAAUUAAGUUUGUUCGUGGUAGCACCUUCAAAGAAAUCCCCAUAACUGUCUACACAACUAAAAUUAUAACCAAAGUUGUGGAACCAAAAAUUAAAGUGAUUGAAGGCAGUCUUCAGCCUAUUAUCAAAACGGAAGGACCCACAAUAACAAAGGUCAAAAUUGAAGGUGAACCUGAAUUCAGGCUGAUUAAAGAAGGUGAAACAGUAACUGAAGUGAUCCACGGAGAGCCAAUUAUUAAAAAAUACACCAAAAUCAUUGAUGGAGUGCCUGUGGAAAUAACUGAAAAAGAGACAAGAGAAGAACGAAUCAUUACAGGUCCUGAAAUAAAAUACACUAGAAUUUCAACUAGUGGUGGAGAAGCAGACGAAACUCUGAAGAAAUUGUUGCAAGAAGAGGUCACCAAGGUCACCAAAUUCAUUGAAGGUGGUGAUGGUCAUUUAUUUGAAGAUGAAGAAAUUAAAAGACUGCUUCAGGGAGACACACCUGUGAGGAAGAUACAAGCCAACAAAAGAAUUCAAGGAUCUAGAAGACGAUCAAGGGAAGAUCGUCCUCAGUGAAAAUCCAGACACCAGACAACAAAGUUUACAAAGUCCUAAAUCAACAACCUGAUCUUAAAGGAAAAAUAUGAGAGCCACGCUGACGUGAAGAAAUGAACCACCAGCACAAAAAAGCAAUCACUGAACAAUUCUGAAUGCAAAUAUAGUAUUUUUUUUUUCUGAAUGAGAAACAGGAGGGAAAUUGUGGGCUUAGCCUCCUGUGGGAUAGAAUCUGAGGGAAACGUAACAACCUUACAGGCUUUUACAUCUUGACAUUAAAAUUUCUGGCUAACUCUGGAAUCCAUGAGAGAAAAUCCUUGCCACUGGAUUAAUUACAGUUCAAAUCUCAGAGUGGUGAGCUGUUAUCCCCUUGAGAAGAUUGAACCUUGAAUAAUGGAUAGAUAAAAUGCAUGCAAGGAGUUACCUCUCAAUGGGAAAUGGAUAAAUAAAAAUGGGUGCUUAGUAUAAAAAAAAAAUAAGAAAACCAAAACUUUUGUAUCAAAAAGGUUUGCACAUUUGUAAUACAAUGUGGGUUUACCAGAAAAUUAUGUUAUUUCUACAACUAAUUUUGUACUCUUGAAAUGUUUGUCUUAUGCUUCUUGCAAUACAUAUUUUUAUCUCAAACAUUUCAAUAAAUCCAUUUUUCAGGUAUAAAAAGAAUUACUUCAAAGUGGGUAAUUCAAAAAACUCAAGGUUUAAGUUAAUAAGAGGUUUGGACUUGGGAACAGGACUUUAUACCUCUUUUUUUUUAUAUAACAAAUACUCAUUAAAGGAAAUUGAAUGAA